UCUCUCAAAACAAAAUUCAAGAGUCAGCUUCAUCAGAGAAAGUUUCCCCAUUGGUGAAAAUUUGUAAGAGAUGGACAAGGAAAAGGAGCAAACUUUGGAGUGGAACGAAGCACAAAAGCUAGAGAUAAGCGUUGACCUCUUUGGUGCAGCCAAGAAACAGCUUCUCUUCCUCGGAGCUGUUGAUCGCAACCGUUGUCUCUACGAUGGCCCUGCACUCCAAAGAGCCAUCUACAGAUACAAUGCUUAUUGGCUUCCCUUGCUUGCUAAAUAUACCGAGUCUUCUUCGAUCUGUGAAGGACCAUUGGUCCCUCCUCUUGACUGUGAAUGGGUUUGGCAUUGCCACAGGCUUAACCCGGUGAGGUAUAAGACUGAUUGUGAGCAAUUCUAUGGGAGAGUUCUUGACAAUUCUGGCGUUGUAUCUUCCGUAAAUGGAAACAGCAAAUCACAAACUGAAACUCUAUGGAAAAGAUUGUAUCCUAUGGAGCCUUAUGACCUUGAUUUUGGCAAGGCAAUCUCAGAGCCAGCAGAUAUCUCAGCUCUUGAGAAAUGUACCACUUAUGAUCUUGUUUCAGCUGUCAAGAGACAAAGCCCAUUUUACUACCAGGUUUCAAGAGCUCAUGUAGAUAAUGAUGUCUUUCUGCAAGAAGCUGUGGCUAGAUACAAGGCAUUUCUCUACUUGAUCAAGGGUAACCGAGAAAGGUCGAUUAAACUUUUCUGUGUUCCGACUUACGAUAUUGAUCUUAUCUGGCACACACAUCAGCUUCAUGCUCUCUCUUAUUGCAAUGAUUUGACUAAGAUGAUUGGUAAGGUCUUGGAGCAUGAUGAUACAGACUCUGACCGUAGUAAAGGUAAGAAGCUUGAUACUGGUUUCUCUGGAACUACUGCUCAAUGGGAAGAAACAUUUGGACGAAGGUAUUGGAAAGCCGGUGCUAUGAACCGAGGUAAUACCCCAAAGCCAGUCACAACUUCUCCUUAUGUUUGGUCGGGCAAGAAAUCAACUGCGAAAGAGGAAGAGUCCCAGAAUGUAAUCCAAUUUCCAGAGGUGAAAGUCAUUGAAGUUAUCUUGGAGAUUAUUGGGGUUAAGAACUUACCAGAUGCUCACAAAGGAAAGGUCUUUGUUCUGUUCAGCAAAACUCAACCCGAUUCUCUGUUUAACGCUGAGCGUAGGCUUACCGUUUUAUCUGAGUCUUGUGGGGAAAAGCAAGUUGCUUUGUUUCAGUGUGAGCCUACAGGAGAGCUUAGUUUCCAACUAAUGUCUUCUAAGUCUAAAAGCUUAGGAUUUACUUCUUUAUCGCUUUCGGAGUUUCUGUUUCCAGUUACUAAACUCUCUGUUGAGAAGUGGUUGGAGAUAACACCAAUUAAAAGAGGGAAGGCAGAUGAUCCGAAUCCCAUCUCUCUGCGAGUACGUCUUGCUAAGAGCUUUACACGCGUUGUUGAUGAAACCGAAACAGAGGUGAUCAACCUCCAAAUGAGGAACUCCAACGACACAGCACCCAAAGCUGAUAGAAGACAAGUGAUUGGUGUGAAAGAGUGUGGUGAAACUUAUGUUUUGGCAGAGUAUGAUGGCAAUUUCUGGUCUCUGCUUGACUCAAAAUGGUCACUUAAGCAGACAAGCAAUCCUGCAACAGAUGGUCCUCUGUCUGAGCUUUUGGGUACUCGAAUGGUGAAAGUUUACUCCGGGAGAAAGCUGGAAUAUGAGCCAAAACAUUGCUCGAAGCUAAGAAGCGAGCAAGAUUUCAUGACUGCUGUUGAAUUCUCAAAGCAAUAUCCUUAUGGCAAAGCUGUGGGGUUACUCGAUUUAAAGUUCGGUUCUAUUGAGGCAAAUGAGAAAUGGCUGGUUUUGCCAGGAAUUGUAUCUUCUUUCAUACUCAGUGAUCUUCUUAAAAAGGAAGGCUUUAGUGCAGCUGCAAAAGACACAGUUGCUGUAGCCACCGAGAAGAUCAAUGGUGGUGCUAGGUGCUUAUCGAAAGAGCUAAGUGGGAACAUGGUUGAAGAAGAAGGUGGUCACUGUGGUGGUUGUGGAGGUUGUGGUGGAUGUGGAGGUGGAGGUGGAUGUGGUCAUGGCGGUAGGUGCGGUGGGAUGACAAAGAUAGAAGGUUGCGGUGGCGGAUCCUGCACUGGCGGUUCCACUGGCUGCGGUAAUUGCGGUGGAGGAUGUGGUAAUAUGAUGAAGAACAAUGCUAAUGGAAAUGCUCCAUCAGUAGAAAACGACGCAAUUACAGCUUGAUUAUUCAAAUAAACAAAAGUGAUAUAU